UCGAUUCUUAAAAUGCAACAGUGUUCUUUUCCAUCUAUUAACCGGAAAUAAAAUGAUUUUCCUUUCCUUUGCCUUAGCGGUUUACCUCAUUCAGUACGGAUAUUUGCCAGUCUUUGAUUUUUUUUAGUCAAUAUGCCUCGAGAAAUUAAAGAAGUCAAAGACUUUCUUAAUAAAGCACGCCGUUCGGAUGCCCGUGCUGUAAAAAUUAAGAAGAAUCCGACAAACACCAAAUUCAAAAUUCGUUGCUCACGGUUUCUUUAUACCCUUGUCGUUCAGGACAAAGAAAAAGCCGAUAAAAUUAAGCAGUCCCUUCCACCAGGACUUCAAGUGAAGGAGGUGAAAUAAUUCAAUUUCUUCAUUGUAUUGCCGAAAAUUACGUGUUGGCUCGCUGUAAUGGAUUUUUUUUUUUAUAAAUAAAAUUUAUUAAUGGCACCAGAGGGCAAAUGCGCAAAUGAGGUGUACCAUAUAGAAUAAA